CACUCGAAUCCUGAACGUCGCCGGCGGUGGACGUGCUCCAGCCAGGUCCUUCUAGGAGCUUCUUUCGUGGAUUUUGUUUUUUUGCGUGUUGUUGUUAGAUAACGUCGUGUUCUUCCAGGAAGUUUGCAGGCUUCGCAGUUGCACGAUAAAAGAAGAAGGUUGAGCUCGAUUCGAGCAGUCCAACCGAGUGGUUCAAACAAACAGAAAAUUACUCUAAACCAAAGGUACUGAGGCGGUAAACGGCUUAAGGUACUGAGCCAAGGUGGUUGCACCAGACUGAGAAGAGGUUGGGUGCUGAAAGUGAAAUGUGGAAACAAAUGUUACAUUAACAUAACCAUCGGCAGUGUUGGCAGCGGCGAGCGAGAAGAGAUAUUGCAACGGCUGACUGUACGGCCUGCAGCAGAGUGUUAGAGAGAAAAAGUGAGUGUUUGCGGAAAAACUAGUUUUUCUCCACGUGCCCAGGAAAAAAAGGCAUUUCUUCACGUAACACAAACACACACUGGCGAACUUUCUGGAUGGGUGAAGACUGCCGGGUUGGCAUUAGGCUGUGAAAAGUUUGUGAUUAAACAAAAGGGAAAAAGCGAUCAAGGAAGAAAAAAGGGUUUUUGUGAAAGUGUAUUGUGAAGAAAUUUAAAGGAAGUGGAGAGCUCAAAAUGAUGGUCCGCAAUGGAAAACCGUUUUCGUUCGACAAGUCGGAGAUUAAUCCGAACCGGAAGAAGGCCUCCGUGAAGAGCACCGUGAUGGAUGUGGUGGUCUUUUUGCUGGUGUCGGCGGGAUAUAUUCUGCAGUCCAUCUACUACGCCCUGUUCGGCAAACCCAAGAAGGACCUGUACGGCGAGCUGGCAAUGGUCACCGGCGGUGGCGGAGGUCUAGGUCGACUGCUGGCAAUGCGGCUGACUAAACUCGGUGCCAAAGUGAUCGUCUGGGACAUCAACCAAGACGGUAUCGACGAAACGGUCAAAAUAGUCCAAUCCCUGGGUGGAUUCUGCAAAGGCUACAAGGUGGACAUCUCCAACAAGGAUCAGGUGUACAAAUACGCCGACUUGGUGCGCGAAGAAGUCGGUGAGGUAUCGUUGCUGUUCAACAACGCUGGCGUUGUGUCGGGCAGGGCACUUCUCGACACCCCGGAUCACCUCAUCGAGCGGUCCUUCAACGUGAACAUUCUCGCACAUUUCUGGACGACAAAAGCCUUCCUGCCGUCGAUGUUGGAACGCGAUCACGGCCACAUUGUGACGAUCGCUUCGCUCGCGGGCCACGUCGGGAUCUCCAAGCUGGUGGACUACUGUUCGAGCAAGUUUGCCGCGGUUGGAUUCGAUGAAGCACUGCGGAUAGAGCUGGAGUACAUGGGAGCCCAUGGAGUCUUUACGACCGUGAUCUGUCCGUACUUUAUCCAGGCGACGGGAAUGUUCGACGAUGUGCAUUCGAGGUGGGUCCCAACACUCGAUUCCAACACCGUGGCGGAUAAAAUCAUCGAAGCUGUUCAAAAGAACGAAAAAUAUGCCAUCAUCCCGGGAUACCUUCGUGCCAUGCUUGCCAUCAAAUGGAUCUUCCCCUGGGGCUGCAACUCGGGCUUCCUGCGGCGGCUGGUGCCGGACGCGACCCCGCAGCACGCCGUCACCCCCGUCCAAACGCCAAACGGGGUCAAACUGAAUGGCAGCAGUGCGCACCCGCUGUCCGCGGAUAACAACAACACCAAGUCGGCGCCCCUGCUCGUGCACCGGUUAUCGACCGGCGAGCGGGUGCUUUAAGUUGGAUGCACACUACUGAUUACUUAGAACUGAGAGAUUCAAGUCGGGGGAAGAAGAAGCAGCAGCAGAACUUGGGAAUAAGCAUACACAAUGGAUUGAAAGGUGUCAAACUGGUUUUCCCUAACAUUCCAGAGUUUAAGUUUUAAAGCAGUGCGUACUUUAAGUUAGCUUGUAAGAGAGAGCGAAAGAGUCCAAUUGUUGGAAGAAAAUAUGGAUAAAAAAAGUCAAAUGUGAUUUGCCUUCUAGGAAAAAGAAACAAAUUUGAAAUGUGAUUAAGCCAGGUUAGAAUGUAAACGAAGCUGGAUCAUUCCUAUUUGUGGGGUGUAGAGUAGCAUGUAAGGUCACAUCACCUAGUUGUUAGUUUGUAAGAGAACCUUCCUGUGAAUCUUCCUACCGAUUCCGUUUUUUUUUUUCGUCUCAACCAUCUUGCCCAAAACCACAGCCACAUCUCCAAAGAGACAGAGUCGACAGAAAAUGUGCUAGAAUGUAUAGAUUUCAAAGCGUAAGAUUUGGACCUAAAAUAAUCGCCAUCCCGCAAGGAAAACACUGAAAAUGCUUUCUUUUGUCCUCCCCAGAUCGAAGACAGGUACGAAAGUGGAUCCCAACCGAAUCUGUUCCGUUCCAUACAGAAAUCCCGUUUUGAUGAACUGAACCUCUUCCUUCACCUCCUCAUCCUUUGCCAAGUCCUUCCAUUUUAAAUGUGAAUGUUUUAGUACAAUAAAAUGUGGAUGUAAAAAUAUUCUGAAAAUAAACCGUUCUUACUGUGAAA